CCUCCUUCCCUUUUCAAUGACAACAUUGUUUGGUUCUUGUCUCCCUUCUUCCUGAUCCAUGUUUUACUGUGGGCCUCUUCCAUCUCCCUCUUCUCCUCAUUGCUUCAAGAGGUAGAAGGAUGGUUCAGUGGCUGCCCUUUAUAUCUUGCUUCACAACCUAGCUGGCUGCCUCUCAUCUCCUCCUUUCCUCUCCAUUUAUCCAUGACUUCUCUGUCUACUCAUCCUUUUCCUAGUGUUGAACAACAAAUGUCUUGUACCAUGGUUUUUGUGUUCCCAUCAUAUAUAAGCAAGCUUGUUAUCUCCACACUGUAUAUGAAGGCUAAUCUUUCAUGUGAGAGGUAUCUUCUUAUGCACUUGUAGUAGAAUGCCCAGGAAGAAGAAGGGCCAAUGAUCCGCCUUACAACACACCAGCUUGGUGGAGCAUGUUGAGCCUCUUCUUUUCCGCUUGUUGCUCUGUUGACCCAUUGAGAAUAUAGAAGUUGUUUCAGUUGAUCAGUUCUUCGUCUCCAUGGAGUUUGCUCUGUUCUGCACCAAGGUCAAUAUUCUCAUCCUCAUUCUAGCUCUGUGUUCUCCAUGCAAGUUCAUCCAGAGUCCAAUGGACUUUGGUCCCUCAAACUUACUCGAGACCAAAAGCUCAGCCUCCUUGGACUUUGGAAGAAUUGUCUUCAACUCUCCCUCUGCGGUGCUGAGGCCCCAGUCCCCCAGAGACAUCUCACUCCUCCUCACCUUCCUCUCUGCUUCAUCCUUCAGCAAAGUCACAAUAGCGGCAAGAGGAGCUGGGCACUCCAUCUAUGGCCAAGCCCAAGCGCUUGAUGGAAUUGUUAUUGAGAUGGAUUCCAUCCCUUCUGACAUAUACAUCCACAAGAAGAGAGAUGAUGGGUCUGGCUUCUCUUAUGCUGAUGUUGGUGGUGGUGCUCUCUGGGUGGAGCUUUUAGAGGAGAGCUUGAAGCAUGGGCUGGCUCCCAGGUCUUGGACGGAUUACCUUUAUCUCAGCAUCGGUGGCACCCUCUCCAAUGGUGGUAUCAGUGGCCAAACCUUCAAAUAUGGACCUCAGAUCAGCAAUGUCCUUCAACUAGAUGUGGUGACAGGCAAGGGAGACUGGAUAACAUGCUCACCCACCUCGAGUUCAGAACUUUUCUAUGCAGUUCUUGGUGGGUUAGGCCAGUUUGGCAUCAUAACAAGGGCGAGGAUACUGCUCCAAGAUGCUCCACAGAAGGUGAAAUGGAUCAGAGCCUUUUACGAUGAUUUCGACACCUUCACCGGGGACCAGGAGCUACUGGUCUCGAUGCCAGAGUUGGUGGACUAUGUUGAGGGUUUUAUAGUCCCAAAUGAGCAGUCUCUCCUCAGCACCUCUGUCGCCUUCCCUGCUCAUCUUGGCUUCAUGCCUGAGUUCCACCACGUAAGCAGUGCCAAGGUCUAUUACUGCAUUGAGUUUGCCGUUCAUGACUUCCAAGCCGAAGGCACCAGCGCAGAGCAAGUCAGUAGUUCCCUGGUGGUGGAGAAGAUAUCAAAGCACAUGAGCUACAUGCCAUCCCUCAUGUACAGCGUGGAGGUGUCCUACUUUGAUUUCUUGAACAGGGUUAGGAUGGAGGAGAUGAACCUGAGGAGUAGAGGGCUCUGGGAAAUCCCCCACCCUUGGCUUAAUAUGUUUGUGCCCAAGUCGGGGAUCAAGGAGUUCAAAGACCUCCUGUUGGAGAACAUCUCACCAAAUGAUUUUGAGGGCCCAAUCCUCAUAUACCCACUUCUUAGGGACAAUUUAGGUGGGACGCCAACACAUCAGUACCGCUGCCUGAUGCCCCCACGGGCGGCGACGGUGUCGAGCAGGUGGUGUACAUCGUGGGAAUGCUGCGGUCGGCCAACCCAGCCAGCUGCGCCGCCGGGUGCCUCGACGACAUCCUCCGCCGCAACCGCCGAAUUGCGGAGGCGGCCUCGGCCGGGCGAAUCGGCGGGAAGCAGUACCUCGCCCACCACCCGUCCCUGCUGCAUUGGCGCGACCACUUCGGCCGGCACUGGAACCGGUUUGCCGCCCGGAAGAACCUGUUCGACCCCCUCGGCGUCCUGGCUCCCGGCCAAGGCAUCUUCCCCAGAGUACAUGCUUCCACACUGUAGUACCAGUAGCAUCAGCAGCCUACACUCCUAUUGAUCUACAUAGGAACGCAAACAUGUGCAAACGCUGAGAGAGAGGGAAGAAGAAAAAUGUAAUCCGUUCUAUGAUCCUGCUCUUUCUUAAUAUGAAGAUUUUGGAAAGCACCUUAAGAACUCA